GUACUUCGAGGUUCAGCGCAAAUGAGUCCAAUGCGGUCAUGUUGGGAUAUCUCUCGCAAGUACUGUAUAUUAUACCCAUCACAACACGUUCUUUAGUCCAGACCUGGAUCUAGCACGGUACAAGCCCGCUGCUGCUUUGUAGCCGUCCAACUCGGCCCGCAAAGCUAUCGAGCAUGCUCUCAUCAUCUUUUCUCAAGCUCCGCGGGUCGGCGCGACAUCGGAUCUGCAGAAGAUGCUUAGCUCCGCAAACAUCAGCGAACUUCUCGACCAGCCGCAUACUCCGAGUCACAGAGGACGCUGAGAAACCCCAGCCACGGUCACCAAUUGUGAUCAGACCUAUUGGGAACACCGAAUCAACAAAAUUCUAUGCCAAGAAGCAGGCUGCCGCUACUGCUUGGGCUGAACGGGCGGACAGGAUACAAGAUGGCAAAGAACCGUGUUUGUGGGACGUUUUUGAGGAGCGUGGGCUAGUAAAGGAUGUUGCUGGAUCUCGAGAAGCCAUACGCGAGUUAAUGCGGCUGAAGAGGAUAGGAGCCUACGUUGGCAUCGACCCUACUGCCGCCUCCCUUCACCUUGGCCACUUGGUGCCGCUUAUGCCGUUGUUUUGGAUGUACAUGAACGGCUACACAAGCAUCACUCUGCUCGGCAGCGCUACCGCCAAGGUGGGUGACCCCUCAGGGCGCUUGACCGACAGGGAAAAGCAGCACCGCGAGGUGUUUAACAAAAACAUGGUCUCGAUGCACUACCAACUCAAGAAGAUCUGGACCAACGUCGACGCAAUGGCCAGGCGGUACGGGUACCAGGAAGAGUGGGCAUGGAGUCGCGGUCAAAGAAACAACAACGAAUGGUGGAACAAACAACCCCUGCUCGAAUUCCUCCAACUGCUGGGUUCCAACGUGAGAGUUGGUCCAAUGCUCAGCAGAGACACCGUGAAGCGGAAACUGACCGAGGGAGACGGACUCUCCUUUGCUGAGCUCACCUAUACACUGAUGCAGGGAUGGGAUUGGUGGACUCUAUACAAGCAGCUGGGAGUGCAGAUGCAAAUAGGGGGUUCUGAUCAGUUCGGAAACAUCGUGCAGGGUAUCGAAGUGGUCAAGACAGUGCGGCCACAACAGCCCAUCCCCGGAGUCAACCCAGAGUCGCCUCUCGAGGAAAUCAUCGGCUUCACGACCCCACUACUUACGAACUCGUCUGGUGAAAAGAUCGGCAAGUCCAGUGGCGGAGGUAACCUCUGGCUCAGCAACAUCAAGACCAGCCCUUACGACUUGUACGGCUACUUUGUCCGUCAACCCGAUGAAGACAUGGAGCGCUUGCUCAAGUUGUUCACUUUUAUUCCAACCAAGAAAAUUAGCGAGAUCAUCGCGGAGCAUGAAACCGACAAACCCAAGAGGGUGGCUCAGCACAGGCUCGCCUUUGAGGUUAUUGCUCUGGUGCACGGAAUGGAUGUUGCCGAAAGCACCCAGAUUGAGCACAAGGCCAUGCACGGCAAGGGCUCAGUCAAGACACUGUUUACGCACGACACCGCGGAACAAGUGCUGCUCAACUCAGCGCCUGAGGCUCACAAGAAGCUGCCAAUGAAGCUGAUGGAGAAGGGCAACGUCGCGCGCAUCCUGUACGCUGCGGGACUGGCCAAGAGCGUGAGUGAUGGCCAUCGUCUCGCGACGCAGCAGGCAGUGUAUAUUGGAGGCCGGGAGGGGAACAAGGAAAUGGGCGCCAACCUCUGUUUCGUCCCCAUCAAGACUUGGUUCCCCGAGGAUACCAAGAACUUCCUGAUCAAUGGCAAGUUUUUGAUCCUUCGCAAGGGCAAGCACGACAUCCGGAUUAUCGAGUUCAUUAGCGACGAGGAGUACGAAGCCCUGGGCGAGACAUACCGCGGGCAGCCUCACACUGGCAAAGUGCGCCAAGCGCGGGAGAUUGCAGACCUUCGACAGACCAUGGCUGAAGAUGCUGGCAUCGCGGAUCGCAAGCCCACGUCGCCAGAGUCGAAAUUACAAGCUUUGAGGAAGCAGCUUGAGUUUUUCGAAAAGAACUUCAACCCCAAUGUGCACAACCCGAGAUCACACCCUGAGACGAUCAGGGCGAAGAUACAACGACUCGAGCAGCAACAGAAGCUGGUUGGUCAAGAGGGGAAAUAGGCACGGAAGUUGGUGUAUUGAUAUGGGCAAGAGGCUUCACGCCGUGAAACGUCCAAGACUUCUUGUCCUUGUACAAAAUGUAUAAUUUAUAUAAAUGUAGAUGUAGGCACACUGUUCUCGCGACAUAAACAGGAUACCUUGGACCAUUUAGUCCACUUUUUUUCCAUAUAUGCAGCAUGGGG